CUAUACAUCUCAUAUUUUAGUAAUCCAACUGUUACCUUAAUCGCUAUACUCCUUUGUAUACUUCUGUAUUGACUAAUCAUGAUGAUGGAAGAGAAGGUUGGCCGUGGUUCUGGUGAGGAUGGAGAUAUGCGUAUGGUAAGGAUGGUAAGUGCGGAAUCGAUUUGCGGAGACAAAUCUUGUCAAUCUCCUGCAUCUAGUGUUGAGUUGGACAUGAGGGACUUUGUUGACGAUGACUUUGAGAGACGUCGUAAGCGUUACCAGUUGAACAAAAGUUUCAACACAUUUCGUCGAUGUGCAACUCGUCAGCCUGAUCACGAUAGUUUUACUUCUUUGCCUGGUAUCAAGCACAACACUGCUGAGUUUUCUUACCCAAUAAAUCCAUUUGUUAAUAAGAAAGAUGGUGACCGUAUAAAGCGUGUAAACUCAUGUUACAUAUCCAAGAGUGUUUGUCAGGGUCUUUACCGUAACCGUGACGUUGAGUUGCCUACGCUGUUACAGUAUGAUUUCCACUUAUUGGACGAGCACGAUGAAAGUGGUGAGGAGUUGCGUGAUUUUGAUGAGUUAUCAUCUGUAUUGAGUCACAUUGCUCACAACAAGAUGGUUUCAGUUGCUCCUCAGAUGUUGGCUACUUCUGUUACAUCUCACCCUAUCAUAAAGAUUGGUAUGGUUUUGAGUGGUGGUCCCGCUCCUGGUGGUCACAAUGUAAUUGCUGGUGUUUUUGACUAUCUUUAUUUACGUAAUACUCAAUCGCAGUUAAUAGGUUUUCAUGGUGGCCUUGAUGGUUUAUUUGGUCGUCAUCAUGAAGUUGUGACUCCUGAAGUUAUGGACAAUUUCCGCAACAUGGGUGGUUUUAACAUGUUUUUGAGUGGUCGUGGUAGGAUUAACGGUCCUGAGGAUCUGGACCGUGUUGUUGAGGCAGUGAACGAUUUGGAUUUGGACGGUUUGAUUAUUGUUGGUGGUGAUGGUUCUAACAGCAAUGCUGCUUUAUUGGCAAACCAUAUGGCUUAUCGUUUUGGUUGUGACAGUUCUGACGGGCGUCCUGUGUUGCGUAAGCGUUGCUGUGUGAUUGGUAUUCCGAAGACUGUGGAUGGUGACGUCCAAUCUCAUAAUAUUGAGGUCAGCUUUGGUUUUGACACUGCUGCUCGUACAUAUUCUGAGUUGAUUGGUAAUUUAUGUACCGAUGCCAGUAGCACUCAGUACACUUAUCACUUUAUUCGUGUUAUGGGUCGUUCGGCAUCCCAUUUGGCUUUGGAGUGUGGUAUGCAGACCCACCCUAAUAUUGUAUUGAUUGGUGAAGAGGCCCAGAGUAAGCAGCAGUCUUUAUCUAUGAUUGUGGAUUACAUUGUUGAUCUUAUGGAGAAGCGUUACCAGAUGGGCAAGCCGUAUGGUGUGGUAUUGAUUCCUGAGGGUUUGAUUGAAUUCAUUCCCGAGAUUAACGUUUUGAUAUCUGAAUUGAAUGAGAUUCUAGUCCAGGCUAAAGGGCCUAUAACUCACCUUGAUCCAUCAUGUUUGACGAAAAGUCGUGCCACGUGGGAGAUCCUUCCUGACACCAUUCGUGAGCAGUUACUGAUGGACCGUGAGGCCACUGGUUACGUGAUGUUGGCCAAAAUUGCCACUGAGCGUCUUUUAUUAAUGUUGGUUGAGGCUCGCAUUGCUGAGCGCAAGUUGAGUCAUUUGAGUUCAUUACGUUUCAUGACUCAUUACUUCGGUUACGAGGGUAGGUGUGCCAUGCCAUCUGACUUUGAUGGUGCCUACUGUUACUCAUUGGGUUACAACGCUGGUGUUUUGAUCAGUGCUAAGCGUAACGGUUACAUGUCUGUAAUUCGUGAUUUGAAGGCUCCAAUUUCGGAAUGGAUCCCCUUGGGUGUUCCAUUUUUGCAUUUGAUGCAUAUGAUCAACUUAGGGGGCAAGCGUGCUCCUGCAAUUCGCAAGACACUGUUGAACCUCGAUGGCAAGCUAUUCAAGACCUUUGAGAAGGUACGUGAAAUCUGGGCUUACAACGACUUGUAUCGCUCUCCGGGUCCCAUACAGCUAUUUAACAGUGACUAUCAGCGUUGCUUCAGUAUUUCCGAUCCCCAGGUUGAGGAUUUGAUUGGUUCGUUUAAGGAAGCUCCUGCUGAGAAAUCUCGAUUCCUAUUACAUCGUAAUUUGGAAUGCAUGAGUCCCUUACAGCUCAGUCGUCUUGAGUGGCGUCCACCUAUUCCUAUGCUUUGUCACGACCCUCGUGCUCGUAUGAGGAACUUCAAGGAGGUCCAUAGCAACGAUUCGUACACUCGCGACCAGGUUGCAUUGAAUUACCCGUAUAUGACUCGUAGAAGCCACUUUAGCUUACAUGAGGUCGUUGGUCACUAUUCUGGUGACCGAACUAAUCUUAACAAGGCAACACAGGGUCUUCGUGUUGGUGUUGUGCUGUUGUCCAAGCAGGCUCCGGGUGUUUUGAAUGUGAUUUGGGGUAUUCACGAGCGCAUGUCGAUUAUUGGUGGCAGUUGUGUUGCUUUUCACGGAGCUCUAGGUCUGAUUGAGGGUAACUACAUUGAGUUGACUUCAAGUGACUUUGACACUUUCCGUAACCAGGGUGGUUUGGAUAUGAUUCAUCGUUCUCGUGUGCAGUAUUUCCAGGAACCUAAGAACUGGUCUCUUGCAUUGGAGACAUGCACUCAAUUGGGAUUGAACGCUUUGAUUAUAUUAGGUGACGAGUUUGCCAUGACUCAGGGUGCUUUAUUAACUGAAUACUUCUUGAGUCAGCAGAGUUCGAUUUGUGUCAUUGGUGUGCCUGUUGCUGGUUCUAACAGUCUUGCAGGUCCCUUGAUUGAGAGUUGUGUUGGUUUUGAUUCUAACGCUCAGUUAUACGCUUCAUUGGUUGGCAAUGUACUGACUGAUGCUGUUAGCAUGCCGAAAUAUUGGCAUUUUGUAAAGAUUUUGGGUCGUUAUCCCAGUUUGGAGGUGCUUGAGUGUGCUCUUCAGACUCAUCCCAAUGUGAUAAUCAUUGCUGAGGAGUAUGGUUCUGCUGACAAGACUUUGUUUGAUGUUGUUCGUGACAUUGCUGAUGCUGUUUGCAAGCGUGCUGCUAUGGGUAAGAACUAUGGUACGGUAUUGAUUCCUGACCACUUGAUUCUUCACCUUCCCAAUACCAAGUCUAUGUUAAUGGAGCUGCGUUCUGUUUUGAUGGAGGCCAGUGCUGCUAAUAAGCGUCGGGAGGCUGUUGACAGUUUCCUGAAUUAUGAUAAGUCUGAGCCACAAUCUAGUGAAUGGAUAAACAAGAUGACUCCUUGGAGUUUGGGUGUUUUCGGUUCGUUACCAUUGUAUAUUCGUAAGGAGGUGUUGAACUUUGACAUGGAGGUUGCAUUGGAGCGUUUGGACAUUGAGAUUAUGUUGUCUAAGAUGGUAAAGGAGGAGUUGAAUUUGCGCAAGGCUACGGGUGCUUACAAGGGCAACUAUGCUGCUGUAACUCAUUAUUUCGGUUACCAGGGUCGUUGCUGUACACCAUCAGAAUUUGAUUGCAGUCUAGCUUUUGCUUAUGGUCACGUCGCUUCCAUAGCUGCGGAGAGUGGUUUGACUGGUGUUUGCUGUUCGAUUCGUGGUUUAUGCGGUGAGAUUGAGGCAUGGAAGAUGUAUGCUGUUCCAUUGACUUGCUUGAUGAAGGUUGAACCCAAUAUAAUGACUCCUAUAUCUUUGAACGACUUUAAGAAGGGUGAAUUGCCUAUGGUUCCUAGUUCCACUGUAAGCCUAAAGAGUAAGGCUUUUAGGAAACUAUCUAUGGCUCGUAAGAAAUGGUUGGUUGAGGAUCUGUUUAUUAAUCCCGGUCCUAUUCAAUUUGAUGGCAUUGUAACUGCUCAGAGCAUGGUUUUGAUUACUGAGCAUGCUGAGUACUAUCAGAUGCUUCACAGUGUUGAGCGUUUCUUGAAUGUUCUUCAGAAUACGUGCAAGUUUGGUGUUAGUGAGGAGUAUUUGAACCAUGCAUUCGUUCAGCUUUGGGGUCUUUUGAAGGUAUCUCAAUCUCCUGGCGACUUGGUACGUAUUGCUGAGAUGCUCAAGGCAGAGGAGGACAACAGCCUUCGUUCCACAGGAAAUGCUUUUUCGUUGAGUUCGUUUUAAAAUUUUUACUUUAAUUGUUAUUUUUCG